UCUAGUUCCCCUGGUGAUACUUUCCUCGUCCUCGUCCAGUGAGGUGCUAGCUUUAGCUUGUAUCUUGAUUGGGCCCGGCUUUUGGGAUUUCUUUCCCUUUCCCUCGUAUGUUCAAGUCUCUACGAAAGGCACAGACAGGCAGGCUGUGCCAACUUCCCUUUCUUCCUGCCUGUGAGAGUACCUCCAGCCUCGCAGGAAAGGAGGUGAAGAAAAAACAAAAUGGCUUGAUUGAGCGUCUUAUAAGAGCCAGGGAUAUCUGUCGUCGAUUCAGAACUGAGAUGGUCUUGUUUAUCUCUCCCAUCUUUGGUUCUUCUCAGACUCGGCACCCGAGUCAUUUUAUACAUCGCCACCUUCAGCAUUCGUUUAUUCCAACUGCUCUAUCGCAGUCUGUUACUGUCGUUUCUGUUUUUCCCCCCUCUAGUUUAUUCAUUUCCAUCCCUACACCUAGACCUGUGGUCCGGUUUGCUCCAUGCAUCUCAGAAAGAUCGGCAUCUCAUUCUUACUGGCGCAGGCAUCGUUGUCGCAUGCUGCCCCUACAGAGCCCUCUAGACCUCAUCAGGGAUCGCAUCUUCCUUAUCAGACGCAUCCCGAACGUACCAGUGCUAUAAAGGAGGCUUUCCGCCGUUCUUGGACUGGCUACCGGAAUCAUGCCUUUCCCCAGGACACUCUGCGACCCCUGUCCAACACAGGAGCAAAUGACAGAAACGGAUGGGGUGCUACCGCUGUCGACGCUCUGAGCACCGCCCUUCUGAUGGGCGAGUACGGCGUGGCCGCUGACAUCUUGGAGUACAUUCCCGAGAUCAACUUUGAUGCCACCACAACAGUGGUAUCCCUGUUUGAGACGACCAUCCGAUACUUGGGCGGCCUCUUGUCUGGCUACGACUUGUUAAACGGACCAUAUGCGUCCUUCAACUUUAACAACAGUCAUGUCAAUUCUCUCCUUGCACAGGCCGAGAGGCUGGCCGGUAACCUUGCGGUAGCCUUUGACACGCCCUCGGGAGUCCCCGACAACGACCUUAUCUUCGACCCCAUGCCUCGUAGAGUUGGAAGCGUCUAUAACCAUUUGGCGACAAUCGGCACCUUGGUGCUCGAAUGGACUCGCCUUUCCGACCUAACGGGCGACUACCAUUUCGCCAACGUCUCGCAGAGGGCAGAAUGGUACCUGCUGAAUCCCGACCCGGGGGCAGAGAUCUGGCCCGGGUUGUUGGGGACUCGUGUGUUUAUCGACAACGGCACAAUGGCAGACCGCGAAGGGGGUUGGGGUGGCGGUACUGACAGCUUCUACGAGUACCUCAUCAAGAUGUGGAUCUAUGAUCCCGUUAGGUUCUCCUACUACAAAGAUCGCUGGGUCGCCGCCGCCGACUCUACCAUCGCCCACCUGCUCUCCCGUAGCAGUGUACAGCCGAACGCAGACUGGGCCUUCUUGUCGUCAUACGUCGACACCGUGCCAGUUUACUCUUCGGGCCACUUGGCAUGCUUCGCGGGCGGUAAUUUUAUUCUCGGAGGCCUGGUCCUCGGGGAACAGAAGUAUAUCGAUGCGGGCCUUGCCAUCACGGAUGGCUGCCGAAGGACAUAUAUCAUGACGGCGACAGGACUCGGUCCGGAGUCGUUCCAGUGGCAAGACUCAAUGGCCAGCGUGAACAACGCCCAGCCGCCGGCGGAAUGGAAAGCGUUCUUCGACGUGGCGGGAUUCUGGAUCACAAACCCCGCGUACAACCUGCGACCCGAGGUGAUCGAAAGCUACUAUUACGCCUACCGCGCGACGGGCGACCCCAAAUACCAGGAAUGGGCGUGGGAGGCGUUCCUAGCCAUCAACAAGACGUGCAGCAUCGGUAGCGGGUUCUCGGCCAUCACGGACGUCAACGAGCCGCGCGGAGGGCGCUUUUGGGACUUUCAGGAGAGUUAUUUCUUGGCCGAGACUCUGAAGUACAGCUAUCUAAUCCAGGCCGACGCGGAGCUCGAAGUGCAUGUACAGGCGGAUAAGGGAAACGGAUGGGUGUAUAACACGGAGGCUCACCCAAUUCGUGUAUGGCAGGGGUCCAGGCCGGCAUAGACACACAGGGUAAGGGAAGGAGGGAAAGGAGAGAGUGUGUGAGAGAGAGGAUAAGAGGGACACGUAGGCAAUUUGAGGCGACAGACCUAGGUGUCAUGGUGCCGCAAUAUCUUUAAAGAUUAUGGAGUAUCAAUGUAGCAAACAGUAGCCG